AUGCGGACCACCGGGAACAAGAGAUCCCCCUGCCCAAGUUUCAGGCUCCGGGAAGUGGCCUCCAUGUACUUCACCAUGAUUAUGGUUUUCCUGGUCAUCCUGGUGGUAGCUCUGCAAGGCACAGCUCCCCGGGAGAAUUAUUUCCCUUACAAGGUGCCCCUGGAUCCCCAGAGUUUCCUGGAGCUCUCGUGGAACGUCAGCUACCCGGAGCAGGUGGUACAUUUCCAGCUCUUGGUCAAGGAGCCAAAAUUCGGGCUGCUCUUCGGGAUGUCGGACAGGGGCGAGUUUGAGAACGCGGACCUGGCCGUGCUCUGGAGCGACGGGCACAGUUCCUAUUUUGGGGAUGCGUGGAGUGAUGAGAAAGGGCAGCUUCACCUGGAUUCCCAGCAGGACUACCAGCUUCUCAAAGCGCACAGAACCCCCGAGGGACUCUACCUGGUCUUCAAAAGAGCCUUCAGCACCUGUGAUCCGAAGGACUACCUUAUAGAGGAUGGUACCGUGCAUCUUAUCUACGGGAUCCUUGAGAAGCCAGUCCGUUCUCUCCAAGCCAUCAACAUCUCUGCCCUCCACAAGGGGCUGCAGAGGGUGCAGCUGCUGAAACCCAACAUUAGUACCCCGGAACUGCCCAGGGACAUGAAGACCAUGGAGAUCAGAGCCCCUGACGUGGUCAUUCCCAGCCAAGAGACCACAUACUGGUGUUAUAUGGUGGAGCUUCCAGACAGCUUCCCAAGACAUCACAUUGUCAUGUAUGAGCCAGUGAUCACGGCAGGCAAUGAAGCUAUAGUCCAUCAUAUGGAAGUCUUCCAGUGUGCUGCAGAAUUUGACAGCUUUCCACAUUACAACGGGCCCUGUGACUCCAAGAUGAAGCCGGACCGACUGAACUACUGCAGACACGUGCUUGCAGCGUGGGCCAUGGGCGCUCAGGCCUUCUACUAUCCAGAAGAGGCAGGACUUGCCUUUGGCGGUCCGGGCUCCUCCAAAUAUUUACGGCUCGAGAUUCACUACCACAACCCUCUGGUGUUCAAAGGUCGCCAGGACUCCUCGGGGAUUCGCCUUUAUUACACAGCCACGCUGAGACGCUAUGACGCUGGCAUUAUGGAGCUGGGCCUGGUCUACACGCCGGUGAUGGCUAUCCCACCUGGGGAAGCUGGUUUCCUCCUGAACGGGUACUGCACAGAUAAAUGCACCCAAGUGGCUCUGCCCCCGGCUGGGAUCCACAUCUUUGCCUCCCAGCUCCACACUCACCUGACGGGAAGAAAGGUGGUGACGAUUUUGUCCCGAGAAGGGCGAGAAAGGGAAGUUGUGAAUGCGGACAAUCACUACAGCCCUCACUUCCAGGAGAUCCGCAUGUUAAAGAAAGUGGUUUCUGUCUUCCCGGGUGAUGUUCUCAUAACAACCUGUAUGUACAACACAGAGGACAGGAACCAAGCAACUGUGGGCGGGUUUAGCAUCACGGACGAGAUGUGCGUCAACUACGUGCACUAUUACCCCCAGACGCAGCUGGAGCUAUGCAAGAGUGCGGUGGAUUCUGGCUACCUGCAAAGAUAUUUUAAUCUCGUGAACAGGUUUAACGACGAGGAGAUCUGCAUGUGCCCACAGACCUCCGUCACACAGCAGUUUUCUUCCAUCCCUUGGAAUGCGUUCAACAGAGACGUUCUGAAAUCUCUCUAUGACUUUGCGCCGAUCUCUAUGCACUGCAAUAAAUCCUCAGCGGUUCGUUUCCCGGGCGAAUGGGAGAAGCAGCCUCUGCCAAGGAUCACCAGGGUGCUGCCGGAAUCAGCCCCAAGCUGCCAGCCCGCCCUAGGGCCUCCUCCGGCACCCCCUGCUCUCGUCAACCUAGGCAGGGUAAAGGCAGAAUGA